UUAAAACGAGGGUUUAUGAAGUAGUUUUAGCUUUUAAUUGUGUUAAUAGUGUUGGCAGUUUUGUAGUUUGAAGGUUUGUUUGUUACCAACAGAUUACACAGAAUUCGUUGCAGCCCAAACCGGCAACAUUUAGAUAACGAUAACUAACCCGCCUCCACCAACAGUUAUGAUUUAUACAAGAAAAGCAUUAAAAUUAUUAAAUCACCGUAUAAAAUGUGUUGCUGGUGCGCGUCUAAUAGAUCGUCGGGGCAUACAGAGCAGCGCCAGCGAUGGGCCUAGCGUAGAGGUCAACUUCAGCAAUGGGCGCCACAUGACUAUGAGCUCAGGGAAGCUGGCACGCUUCGCCAAUGGCACUGCUGUUUGCCAAAUGGGCGACACGGCAGUGAUGGUAACUGCUGUGGCCAAGGCGAAGCCAACGCCUGGCCAGAAUUUCAUGCCUUUGGUUGUAGAUUACCGCCUCAAGAACGCCGCCUCAGGACGCAUACCAAUGAACUUUAUGCGGCGUGAGCUGGGCCCAUCCGAGAAGGAGAUAUUGUCAGCGCGUCUUAUAGAUCGCUCAUUACGUCCGCUGUUUGCCAAGGAAUAUCGCAAUGAAACGCAGCUGGUGUGCAAUAUGCUGGCAAUGGAUGCAGUACACGCGCCGGAUGUGCUGGCGAUGAACGCGGCCUCAAUGGCUCUCUCCCUAAGCGAUAUCCCCUGGAAUGGACCCAUCGGGGCGGUGCGUGUCGGCCUGGCUGAUGGCGAGGUGCUCAUAAAUCCCACACGCCGUGAGCUGCAGUCAUCACAGUUGGAUUUGGUAAUAUCUGCCACAAAGCAAAAUCUAGUGGUCAUGUUGGAGGGCAAGGGAAAUGUGGUAUUAAUGCAAGAUCUGCUCAAGGCCAUCAAGCAGGGCACGCGUGAAGCGCAGUUCAUCAUACACGAAAUCGAGCGACUGCAGAAGGCUUAUGGACGGCAAAAACGUGCUGUGGAAGCUUUAAGCGAGCCCGAGCAGGAACUGGUGGAGGCGGUGCGCAGCAUGUGCGAGAUGCGAUUACGCGAGAUAUUUCAGGAUGCUCAGCAUGACAAAAUUUCCCGCGACACUGCUGUUAACGAAGUGCGUGCUAAUGUUAUCAACAAGGUGUGGUCUUCCUAUCCCGACACAGAUCCCGCUACCAUAGGCGAGGAGUUCAACAAGGCCUGUCGAGAAAUCUUUCGUGAGCUUAUCUUUGAGCGUGAUACUCGCUGUGAUGGACGCGACAGUGACAGUUUGCGCAAUAUUAGCUGCCAGGUGGACAUGUACAAGCCGCUGCAUGGCUCUGCGCUGUUCCAACGUGGACAGACACAGGUGUUUUGCACAGUAAGUCUGGAUUCACCGGAAAGCGCUAUGAAACUGGACAAUCUAGCAGCGCUGGAGAGUGGGGGCUUGAAAGCUAAGAACUUUAUGCUGCAUUAUGAGUUCCCGCCGUAUGCCACAGGUGAAGUGGGUCGCAUUGGUCCGCUGGGACGACGGGAAUUGGGCCAUGGCGCGUUGGCAGAACGUGGACUGCUGCCCACACUGCCUCAUGAUUAUCCCUUUACAGUGCGCUUGACCUCAGAAGUGUUAGAAUCGAAUGGCUCCAGCAGCAUGGCCAGCGUCUGUGGUGGUUCACUAGCUUUAAUGGAUGCUGGCGUGCCCAUAACAGCGCCAGCUGCGGGUGUGGCCAUCGGUCUGGUAACCAAAUAUGAAAAUAAUGAUACCAAGCAUCUGCAGGAUUAUCGCAUACUCACUGACAUACUCGGCAUUGAGGAUUACAUGGGUGAUAUGGACAUGAAGGUGGCUGGCACACGUAAGGGUUUCACUGCCAUACAAGCUGAUCUGAAGAUACCUGGUAUACCACUCAAAGUGGUAAUGGAGUCACUGCAAAAGGCAACAGAUGCCAAGUCUAAGAUACUCGAUAUUAUGGCUGAGACGAUCAAGGAGCCACGCAAAUACCGUAAGGAUUGUUGGCCUGUAAGCGAAAAUCUAUCUGUGGAGCCACAACAGCGUGCGCAGCUCAUUGGGCCCAGCGGCUUACACAUGAAGCGCAUCUACCUCGAAACCGGCACGAGCUUAACAGCGGAGGAUGAGAACAACUUUACCAUGUUUGCACCCUCGCAAGCAGCCAUGGAUGAGGCCAAGGAGCUCAUUGAGGGCUAUAUGCAUAAAGAACGCGUGCCGGACUUGGAGUUCGGUGGCAUCUACAAUGCUAAAAUUACUGAGCUGCGCGACACUGGCGUCAUGGUCGUACUCUAUCCCAGCAUGCCACCAGCGCUGUUGCACAAUUCCCAGCUGGAUCAACGUAAGAUUGCACAUCCCUCAGCGCUAGGCCUUGAGGUGGGCCAGGAAAUACAAGUCAAGUACUUUGGACGAGAUCCUGUCUCGGGUUUUAUGCGAAUGUCACGCAAAGUGUUGCAAGGUCCAGCAGUAGGAAUUACGCGUUCCUUUAAUAAGGCUGAAGGCAGCUCAUGAUAUGGCUUGACCAAUCUAUAAUAUAUAUUUAACAUAUAUAUAUAUUUUAAGCUCUAAAUUGUGUG